UAUCUUUAUAAUAUUCUUAUUUGAACUAUUAUUAUUAUUAGUACUUUUCCUUUCAUGAAAGGAUUUGAGCAUUGUGAAAGGAAAGGUUAUUUAUAUAGCAAUGGAAAACAAACAUUAGACUAUAUUAUGAAUGUUCUAUACCAAAGAACCUUACGAAACGAGCCAUACAAAAAAGGAGAGAGAGCUAUAUCGUAGGAAUGCUGGAUUUCAAGCCUUCCAAGCUUUAUGCGUUCAUUUACUCCUACACCCUCCAAGACAUUUAUCAAAAAAAAGGGAUAAAAAUAUUAGUUGAUGAAUACAGGACGUCAAGGGUUUGCAGCCAUUGCAAAAACGAUUUAGAGGAUAUUACUGUGCCUGAAAGAGGAUUUGAUUGCAAUCAUAAGUAUGCAAAUAUUAUUUAUAUACAUAACUGUACAAGAUAUUGACCUCUAUUUAA